AUGGGGCCUCGAGGUGCGCAUCUCCUGGCAGUGGUCCUCGUCUUAGGGCUGUAUGCUCUGGUGGAAGGCCAGAAACCUUCCCCCUGCCGGUGCUCUAGGCUGGCACUCUACAACAGGGAGGACUGUGGCUUCCCCGGCAUCACCAGCGACCAGUGCUUCGACAUGGGAUGCUGCUUUGACUCCAGCGUCAGUGGGGUCCCCUGGUGUUUCUACCCACUUCCAAACCAAGCAUCUGAGCAGUGUGUCAUGGAAGUGACAGCCCGAAAGAACUGUGCGUACCCAGACAUCAUCCCCGAUGAAUGUACCUUACGACGAAACUGCUGCUUCUCAGAAGCGAUCCCUAACCUGCCCUGGUGCUUCUUCCCAGAGUCUGUGGAAGUUCCUAAAGUCCCCCAUUUUUACCAGCUGCUCCACGUGCCCCUCACUCCUGACGUGGUCCCUGGCCGCUGA